AUGAAGAAGGGCGUCCGCAAAAGCAUUACAGAAAAACGAGUCGGCCUCAAGGUCAAGCCAUCUGUACACAACUUGAGCAAAACUCAGCAGACCAAACUCACUGUGGGCAGCCUGGGAUUAGGCCUGAUCAUCAUCCAGCAUGGGCCCUACCUUCAGAUCACCCACCUCAUCAAGAAGGGGGCUGCAGCCAGGGACGGAAAACUCCAGCCAGGUGAUGUUUUGAUUAGUGUUGGCUAUGCCAAUGUAUUAGGAUAUACUCUUCGAGAAUUUUUAAAGCUUUUGCAACAUAUCACCAUAGGAACAGUGCUGCAAAUCAAGGUUUACCGAAAUUUUAUUGACAUACCCCAAGAAUGGCAAGAAAUACAUGAUUUAAUUCCUGAGACCAAAUUCCCAAUUACCCGCACAACAAAGAAAACUGAGGAGGCAAAAGAUGACUCUUUCACAAGCAGCGAUGACGGUGAAGAUGCAGUUUUAGAUAAAAGACUUAAGUACUAUAAAUAUCCACGGUCCACUGGGCAUCACCCUGCAAGGAGACCGAUGUCCAUCUCCAGAGAAUGGCAUGGAUAUAAAAAGAAGAACCAUACUAUCCGUGUAGGAGAAGACAUUAACUGUGAUGUGAUGAUUCACAGAGAUCACAAGAAGGAAGGGCGAGCCCCUUCCCCAUACUGGACAAUGACCAAGCGAGACAACGAGAGCUCCUCCUCCUCCUCGGCCUCCUCGACCUCAGAUGCGUUUUGGCUGGAAGACUAUGCCCACGCUGAAAAGGGCAAGAGUGAACCUGCAUCAAAAGUUGGUUAGGCAGCAGUCUGCAAAUUUGAGGCACAGGAGCAUUUACCUUGAAAACACCCAUUUUUUUGUGCAUUGCCAUGUACAGGUUUGCUAUACUUACAGGAAUAUGUGCAGACUUAUUUCUCUUUCACAACUGUGUUGUAAAGCCUUUAGAGACCUUCUUCAGUGUGAUAUCUAAAGACUUCCCUGGGGUCUCACAGCCCUCACAAACCUUAUUCAGAUCAUUACAAUUAUUCAGAUCCUUAAGACCCUCGUUUAUGAGAAGAACAUCUCAUCUUUUAGAAAAUGCAGCAGAGGAACCCAAUAUCAGAAUGUGUAAACCUA